UGAUCUCUCUGACCUCUCAAGCUGGCGUGGAGCCCAAAUCAGUCCUCUUGCUUUGCUGUCUUUGAUCAGUCCAUUCUUUCAUUUUGAUGGCGUUUGUCUUCUUACAACAAUAAUAUAUUCAUUCUCUAAACAUAGAUUGAUAACUUCAUCUGUUUUCAUCUCCUGAUCUGCAAAUCUAUUCAGAUAUCCUGAUAAUUGAUAUGAUGAUGAUGAUGAUUGUAUUGAAAUGAGGAAUGUUAUUUGUGUUAAAAGUUAAAUGAGUUUUCUUAGGACUUGUUUUCAUCCGAGAGCAGAUCGACACGUUCAUGCUGGAUCAGAAGCUAUUGGCCGUCAAGAUGGUCUUUUAUGGUAUAAAGAUGUUGGUCUUCACUGUAAUGGAGAAUUCUCCAUGGCUGUUGUUCAAGCAAACAAUUUACUUGAGGAUCAAAGUCAGCUUGAAUCUGGGUGUUUGAGUAAUACAGAAUCUGGUCCUUAUGGUACCUAUGUUGGAGUUUAUGAUGGUCAUGGCGGUCCGGAGACUUCAAGAUAUAUUAAUCAACACCUUUUUCAUCAUCUAAGGAAUUUUACAUCUGAGAAUGAAACUAUGUCAGUUGAGGUAAUACGAAAGGCUUUUGAGGCAACUGAAGAAGGGUUUCUAUCUGUUGUCACGAAACAGUGGCCAAUUAAACCACAGAUAGCAGCAGUUGGAUCAUGCUGCCUUGUGGGAGUUAUCUGCAAUGGGACUCUUUAUGUAGCGAAUUUGGGUGAUUCUCGUGCUGUAUUGGGUAGGACUGUUAAAGCAACUGGUGAUAUUUUAGCUGUUCAGCUUUCAGCUGAGCAUAAUGUAGCUAUUGAGUCUGUUAGACAGGAAUUGCAAACCUUGCACCCUGAUGACUCGCAAAUUGUAGUUCUAAAGCACAAUGUAUGGCGUGUGAAGGGCAUUAUACAGAUUUCGAGGUCUAUUGGAGAUGUAUAUUUAAAGAAGGCUGAGUUCAAUAGAGAACCACUAUAUGCAAAGUUUAGACUUCGCGAACAGAUUCGGAAACCACUCUUGUGCUCAGAUCCUUCCAUUUUCGAGCAUCAAAUCCAGCCACACGAUCAGCUCCUUAUUUUCGCAUCCGAUGGCCUUUGGGAACAUUUAAGCAACCAAGAAGCAGUUGAUAUUGCACAAACUCGACCUCAUAGUGGAAGUGCAAGGAGAUUGGUGAAGGCAGCAUUGCUAGAAGCUGCAAAGAAGAGAGAAAUGAGAUACUCGGACUUGAAAAGGAUCGAUAAGGGCAUCCGCAGACAUUUUCACGACGACAUUACGGUUAUUGUUGUCUUUUUGGACUCAAAUCUUGUCAGCAGCACAUUCAGAAGUCCUAACCUAUCGUUAAAAGGGGGAGUCAUCUCGGCCCUAACCUGAGUUUUUGUUUUAUCUUCUGUUGUACCCGUAUCCUCCUUUUGUACAAAUACCCACAUAAAAAAAAGGAUAAAAAAAAUUUCAAGUUUGAAGCCAAUGUGUAACAUUUGGCUGAGAACUUAAAAAAAAAGGUUAAUUUUUGCUGGAUAGUUCAAGAAAAUCAGAGUAUAGUUAUAUUAUAGCUGAAUUAUGGUUUUUGGAUAUUAUUGAAUAGACAUUUGAAAGUUGAAACAUCACUUUCCUCCUUUUUAUUUAUAUUAUUCUUA